CAUUGGUUGAGCUGGGCGGGAGGAUACAAUGUUGCUAUUGUUGAUUGUCAGAACAUAUGUUGCACUGACUUGUGCUGGACCGUAGCCCAUUGUGAUUGAGACCAAGCUCAUGAGCUCAUCAAGCUCUUCAAGCACCGCCGAUUCAUCCGCCACAAUGGCUGGCCGCCGCAGCUGUGUGAAUUCGCUCUGGUCGGGAACCGAGCGGGUUCGGAUUGGCGAGCGGCUGAAAGCGACCCUGGCCGGAAUCCUAGAGCUGGACCUGCUCCGGGGACAACAUCUAGACAUGAUCGAUGCGGAACUAGACCUCAAAGACACCAGCAGCACCGAUACAACGGUGACUGUCAUCACUGAUAAACAGGAGGAAAACCUCGAGAGCGCAGCCUCGGAUGGCUCUGCGACAUCCCGCAGGCAACAGGUUCUCUCUUCUCCUUCAGAAACAGUGUUACCAUGCCACACCAGCACGUUGGACAGGGACAGUGGGGGGAACUCUGGAGGAGAUGGGCCGGUUCGUUCCAGAGUUGAUGGGAAUGGUGGGGAUAACUCACGCUGCUCCACCCUCUCUUGGGAUGCUUCAUCUGAACUGCUCUUACCCCCAGACCUUGAUGGUGCAGUCCAGCUGGACUAUUACUCCAGGCCCAGCUCAGGUUUUUAUUCAGUCAGUGGCAGCUCCCUAUCAGACUCCUGCUACUCUGUGUCCAGUGAGGCAUCCCUGGCACAGGGGGGUCCAGUAAAAGUUGGGCUAGUCCGGACUGGACCAGGACCACCCUCAGGGGGAGCCUUCAGGCUGUGGGAGCAGCGGGCUCUCUCUGCAGACCACAGAGACAGACAGUGGCCGGAGGCCACGCAGCAUCCAAGAACUCAGAGCAUUGAGGAGACCACAGAGAUCACUGAUAGGACACCAGUGUCUACGGCUGACUGA